CUCAGGGUGUGACUUGAGAGUGGCUUCGCGUCUUCGCGAGGUCUUCGAGGUCGGCGAGUCCGCGAGGACCACUAAUUUAUCGCCGUGUUUUCUAAAUUUCCUCGUUUCUCUUACACGUCUGAUCGCCCCUAUUCAUCUUUCCAUUUGUACUUUCUUCCCUCCCUCCACUGUCACUCUCUCUCUCUCUCUCUCUCUCUCUCUGAGGCAUAUACACAAACACACACUCUCUUCAGCUGCAACAGCAACAGCAACAACAACAACAACAAAGCAGAAGCACAACUUCGAAAGCAUUAGAUCCGCUCUCCUGUCAGGACAAUGACCAGAGGAAGAGAUGCAUGCUGGGAGCACUGUGUAUUGGUUGAUACAACAAGACAGAAGGUGAGAUGUAAUUAUUGUCAUCGAGAGUUCAGUGGUGGGGUUUACAGGAUGAAGUUUCAUCUGGCUCAAAUAAAGAACAAAGACAUAGUUCCCUGUAGUGAGGUCCCAAAUGAUGUAAGGGACUUGAUACAGAAUAUAUUAAGCACUCCAAAAAAACAGAAGACACCCAAGAAGCAAAAGGUAGAGCGUAGCCCUCAGAAUAGCUCUUCUGCUAGUGGUGGUUUACAUCCCAAUCCUGUCUCCAGUGGACAACAUGGUAGCAUCUGUCCAUCUUUGUUACAUCCACAUCCUUCACCAAGUGCACAACCAUUGGUAGAUGAUUCUGAGAAGCAAAAGCAGGAUGAUGCUGAUAAAAAAAUUGCUUUAUUUUUCUUCCAGAAUUCUAUUCCUUUCAGUGCUACUAAGUCCAUGUAUUAUAAGCCAAUGGUGGAUGCUAUCACAGAAUGUGGGGUGGGCUAUACGGCACCCAGUUAUGACAAAUUGAGAUCUUCUCUCUUGGAUAAAGUGAAAGGUGGAAUAAACGAUAACUAUAGAAAACUUAGAGAUGAGUGGAACGAGAAGGGCUGCACUAUCUUAUCAAAUUGCUGCUUAGAUGGUAGAAGCAAAUCCCUUGUGGUAUUUUCAGUCACAUGCCCUAAAGGGACACUAUUUCUUAAAUCAGUUGAUGUAUCCGGUCAUGUGGAUAAUGCUCAAUACUUGUUUGAAUUGCUUGAGUCGGUUGUUCUGGAAGUUGGUUUAGAAAAUGUUGUUCAAGUAAUAACAGACAGUGUGUCAAGUUAUCUUUAUGCUGGGAGGCUUCUCACAUCCAGAUACCCCUCAUUAUUCUGGUCAACUUGUGCUUCAUAUUGUAUUGACAAGAUGUUGGAGGAUAUCAGUAAGCAGGAAUGGGUCAGUGCAGUGAUUGAAGAGGCAUUGACCAUCGCACGUUACAUAUACAGUCAUACAUGCAUUCUAAAUAUGAUGAGAAAGUUCACCGGUGGAAAGGAAUUGAUUCGACCAAGAAUUACUAGGUCAGUGACAAAUUUCCUCACUUUGAGAUCCCUCGUGAUACAAGAGGAUAAUUUAAAGCAUAUGUUUUCCCAUUCAGAGUGGUUGUCAUCUGUGUAUUGCAGACGACCUGAUGCUCAAGUUAUUAAGUCAUUGUUAUAUUUAGAUAGAUUUUGGAAAUGUGCUCAUGAAGUUGUGAGUGUGUCAGAGCCUCUUGUUAAGGUUUUGAGGAUAGUAGAUGGGGACAUGCCUGCCAUGGGAUAUAUAUAUGACAGCAUUGAAAGGGCCAAGAUAGUAAUUAGAGCAUAUUAUAAAGGGAUUGAAGAGAAAUAUCUGCCAAUUUGGAAUAUAAUUGACCAGAGAUGGAAUAUACAGCUACACUCUCCACUGCAUGCAGCGGCAGCUUUCCUUAAUCCUUCUAUUAUCUAUAGCCCAAAUAGCAAGAUUGACCUAAAGAUGAGAAGUGGAUUUCAAGAUGUGAUGGUUAAGAUGCUUCCAGAGGAGAGAGAUAAGAUUGAAGUCACUAAGGAACAUCCCAUGUAUACAAAUUCACUAGGGGCUCUUGGAAGUCAGUUUGCAGUCAUGGGAAGGACACUGAAUUCCCCUGGUGACUGGUGGGCAGGGUAUGGUUAUGAAGUCCCUACACUGCAGAGAGUUGCAAUACGGAUACUGAGCCAACCUUGUAGUUAUCACUGGUGCAGUUGGAAUUGGAGCACCUUUGAAAACUUAUAUAAUAAGAAACACAACAGAAUGGAACAGGAAAAUCUCAAUGAAUUGGUUUUUGUGCACUGCAAUCUACGGUUACAGGCUAUAAAUCCAAAUAGGGAUUGGAAAUGCAGACCAAUUAUUUAUGAUGAAAUUGAUGUUAGUGCUGAAUGGCCGACCGAGUCAGAAUCAUCAUCCCCUCUGUUAGAUGAUUCAUGGUUGGAAAAUCUACCAUUUGAUACCAGGGGCAGCCCUUCUACUUACGACUAAAUUGAUUAAAAGGAACAUGGUUGUAUGCUUUUGUACAUUGCUGUACCUUUAAUUCCUUUACAGUGAAAGAUAUAAUCCCUCCUUUGGUUCA